AAAACAGAAGUAGAUGCAAAACAAAUUAAACCCAACAGUUUCAAUGCAAUUGCCCAGGAAAAUACUAUUUAUAACUCUAUUUAAUCAUUCAAUAAACUUGUUAAUUAAAAAAAUAGAAUUAGUUCUACAUAUUCCAAAUUGAGUGUAAAGUACAGUUGGCACAGCUUUUGUAAAUCGAAAUCGGAGGAUUGACCGGACCGACCGAUCGUUUGCUGUGUGUGAGUGUGUGUGCUUUUUGCUCUGUUAUUAAAUAAUUUAUUAUGGAGUACAGACGGCUUUUUCAAUGAAUUCAAUUUAAGUAAUUGAUCAUGGGGAAUAGCAUUAAUUGAAUUUAUGAAGAUUAGUAUGAAUUCUAAAUACGAGAAACUACCGAAGCUUCAUACGGCAUCUUUAAUUGAUGACGAGAGUGAAUCUUUGGAAAGCCUCAGUUCUGCAAAAAGCCCCGAGCAGGAGAUGUGGCUGAAAACAUCGGAGGCGGCCACUUUGGAGGCGGAAGAUGUGGCGACGCGGCUGAACGUCGAUCCGCGCUUCGGUCUGCGCUGGCGCGACGCCGAGAACAAGCGUCAACUCACCGGCUACAACGAGUUCCUUGUCAAAGAGGAAGAUCCCACUUGGAAAAAGUACAUAGAACAGUUCAGAAAUCCUCUAAUUCUGCUGUUAUUGGCCAGCGCUCUAGUCAGUAUAUUUAUGAAACAGUAUGAUGACGCAGUCAGCAUCACAGUUGCCAUUGUUAUUGUAGUGACAGUAGCUUUCAUUCAAGAAUACAGAUCGGAAAAGUCACUGGAAGAAUUGACAAAACUAGUUCCGCCAUCAUGCAAUUGCUUCCGAGAAGGGCAGUUGGAAACGUUCCUAGCCAAAGAUCUUGUUCCUGGAGAUAUAGUUCAUUUGAAUAUGGGUGACAGAGUGCCCGCUGACAUCAGGUUGUUCGAGGCAAUCGAGUUGGCAAUUGAUGAAAGUAGUUUUACUGGAGAAACGGAGCCUUCAUCAAAACAGACAAAUGCAAUUCUCAAAACAAAUGGUCACACAUCCAUGAAGAAUAUCGCAUUUAUGGGGACGUUGGUACGAUGGGGGAAAGGAAAGGGAAUUGUUGUUAACACGGGCGAGAAGAGUGAAUUUGGAGAAGUUUUCAAGCUUAUGCAGGCGGAGGAGGCUCCAAAAACUCCGCUACAGAAGAGUAUGGACAUUUUGGGAACUCAGUUAUCGCUUUACAGUUUUGGUAUAAUCGGUCUCAUCAUGGUGCUUGGUUGGAUACAGGGUCGACCCAUCCUUGAUAUGUUCACAAUUGGUGUCAGUUUGGCAGUAGCUGCUAUCCCAGAAGGGCUGCCUAUUGUCGUAACUGUAACGCUUGCAUUGGGUGUCAUGAGAAUGGCCAAAAGAAAGGCUAUUGUCAAGAAAUUGCCCACUGUUGAAACUCUAGGUUGUGUUGGCGUCAUUUGCUCUGAUAAAACUGGAACGAUAACUAAGAAUGAGAUGACAGUGACUGUUAUUCUUACUUCCGAUGGACAUCUUGCUGAGGUGUCAGGUGCUGGAUACAACGAUCAAGGUGAAAUCCAUAUUUACAAAUGUGAUAGUGUUGAGCAUGCCAGGGAGUCGAUCUAUAGGUUGUUGGAGAUUGGUUGUGUUUGCAAUAAUGCUAUAAUAACAGGCGAAACAUUGCGAGGUCAACCAACUGAAGGAGCUCUUCUUGCGGUAGCAAUGAAGCAUGGCAUGUAUGGAAUUGCUGAUAAGUACGAUCGCCUGAAGGAGUACCCAUUCAGCUCUGAAGAAAAGAUGAUGACAGUUAAAUGCAAACCAAAAUAUGGAGAAACCAACGAACAAAUUUUCUUUGUGAAAGGAGCCAUUGAGAAGAUUAUUGAACGAUGCACAAAAUAUUUAUGGAAUGGUACUCUGCAACAGCUUAAUGACCAAAAAAAGCAAGACUUUCUUGCAGAAGCUUUCGAGAUUGGGCGUAAAGGAUUAAGAGUUGUUGGAAUGGCUAGAGGCUCAUCGAUGCAAGACCUGGUGUACUUGGGAAUGGUUGGCAUUUGCGAUCCUCCGAGGCCACAUGUGAGAGAAUCCAUACAAACCUUGCAGCAGUCUGGUGUCAAAGUCAAGCUAGUCACCGGAGAUGCUCACGAGACAGCCGCUGCUAUUGCUGGCAUGAUCGGGUUGGAUACAGUGCAUGGACAGGUUCUUUCUGGCGAUCAGAUUGAAGCGAUGACUCAGCAUCAACUUGAACAAGCUGUUAACAGUGUUAAUGUAUUCUACAGGGUUACCCCAAGACACAAAUUAGCUAUAGUCAAGGCAUACCAGCGCAAUGGUGCUAUUGUAGGCAUGACUGGAGACGGUGUGAAUGAUGGUGUCGCCUUGAAGAAGGCGGACAUCGGCAUAGCGAUGGGGCAGAAUGGAACCGAUGUUUGCAAGGAAGCUGCUGACAUGAUUCUUGUCGAUGAUGAUUUCAACACAAUCAUAGCUGCUAUUGAAGAAGGAAAAGGAAUUUUCUACAACAUCAGGAACUUUGUUAGAUUCCAGUUGAGCACAAGUAUUGCCGCCUUGUCUCUCAUUGCACUGUCGACACUUCUCAGAAUUCCAAAUCCCUUGAAUGCCAUGCAAAUUCUGUGGAUUAAUAUAAUAAUGGACGGCCCUCCAGCUCAGAGUCUUGGUGUUGAGCCAGUUGAUCAUGAUGUUGUUAAACAAAGACCCAGGAAUGUGAAAGAGCAUAUGAUAACUAGAUCAUUGAUUAUCAAUGUUUUGCUCUCAGCUUCGAUUAUAAUCGUUGGAACUCUAUGGGUGUUCAAAAGAGAGAUGAGUGACAACAAAAUUACUCCCAGAGACACGACUAUGACGUUUACAUGCUUUGUUUUCUUUGACAUGUUCAAUGCUCUUAGUUGUCGAUCACAGACCAAGUCUGUGUUCACGAUUGGCUUGUUCACGAAUAAAAUGUUUCUUCUGGCUGUAACUCUAUCUGUGAUUGGUCAACUUCUUGUCAUCUAUUUCCCACCCCUGCAGUACAUAUUCCAGACAGAAGCCCUGACAUUAUUUGACAUAGUAUUCCUGGUUUCGUUGACAUCGACUGUAUUCAUCGUAUCAGAGUUCAAGAAGCUGUUGGAGCGACAGGUCGAGCGCAGACGCCUUGCUCCCAAGUCGAGCAUGGACUUCGUAUGACAGUCAAAAGCGCCCAGAAGCAAAAUGCGAGUAGACUAAACUGACCAAGUCAACCAUCAUUGCAAACCAUUGCAGCCACUCCAUCAACAUCCUUCGAGUCUCAUCUUAUAAUCUCUGUUUGCAAAUUAAUACUACGAGAAACAUGCGACCCACAUCAAUUACAUCAGAAUGGUAAUUUUAGACAUCAACACCUGUCAAAGAAUUCCCGGUGAAUUUAUCAUAUUGUAGCAGUUUUUACGUAUGUAUGUUCUUGAUGUAAUUGUGAUACAGUAUUAUGGAAAAUCUUCCGAUAGAUUUGGUAGUUGAAUUUUAACUUCUUUCAGCAUUGUAAAAUAGCCGACAAUUCGAUUCACCAAACAUCCAACAGAUAAAUGACUUCAUCUUACCAAAUAGCUUUAAGUUUGUGGAUGAGAACAAGAAAUCUCGCUUUCCAAGAUUCUGUUAUUUGAGUUGAGUUUCAUUCUCCAUCUCUCAAAAAGCGGUAAUGGUAAUAAUUCCGUGUGGAUAUUUUCUGAGAUAUUUUCUAUAAGCGGCUCAUACACUGGCCCAGCAUUGCAUGUCGUGCUUGCAGGACGGGCCAAAAAAGGAAGGAUCGUGCCAAUGUGUGAGAAAUGUCGUGCUAAGCACGUCCUGCAUUGCACAGCAUGAUGGCAAUCCGGAAAGGUUUGAUUUCCGUCGCGCCAGGCCAAAAAAUAUCACUUUCACAACCGUCCUGUAGCACGGCACGGAGCGAACUGAAUUUGCAGUGUAUGGCGCGCUCAUCGUGCUAUGCCAAGCUGGUUGUGCCAAUACAAAAUAUGGCAGGACGUGCAAUGCACGAGCAGUGUAUGGGCCGCUAUAAAAAUGCCACGAUGUCAUUCAAAUUCAUAAUAAUCCUUUCUUUGAUGAGAUCCCUUCUAAAGACCAAUAGACACUUGAAUAAUACAAAUUCAUUUUAAGUAUACUGACGUAUGACAUGGUAAAGUAUACUUCUACUUAUACUGUAUAUACCAACCAUAGCUCUCGUUAUCUCUUAAGCUCUCUUGAAUCCUUAAAUUUAAAAAGGCUCUAAGAAUACUCAAUUUCAGUUAACCAAAUAAAAUACAAAAUCCGACUUUCGGUAUUUAUCUACUUGAUAAUAAUGUAAAUAAAUAAUAUCCAAGUGUAUUCAGACUAGUUGAAAAAAUAUACAAUUUUUGUUCGUUUAUGUAUGUGUCCUGCUUCAAGACAUGUAGAAGGAUGUCUUUGCUUUUGCAUCACUUAACGCUGAAGUGAUAAAAAUUCAUGUGAGUUGUCUAGUAAAACCAGCAAUAAUCAAGAAUAAAGCAACACCUACUUUGAAGUGACUGUUUCCUUUUUCAACAUCUACAAUAUGAUCUAAAAAUAAUGCAUUUGUGCAGAUGAAGAAUGAAACUCUAUUGCCAAUCAUAUUUAAACUCGAAAACUCAACGUUCUCUUUCAUUAUGGAGUUGGACUAAAUUUUUCGGAAUGAACUUCAUAUUACUGCUAUUCUCUAUUAUAGGUUGAUGCUAACAUUGCUUCGAGACACAUUUCAUGCUUAAGAUCAAUACUUUGAUUAUUGUAGUAAAUGGGACUCUUGCAGUGCGCCUUGUGAUCAAUGUAUAUAGAAAUAAUGCAUUGGGAAUGUAUUGUUCAACUUGAUUUUCGACUUCUCGAGUGAGGAAUAUUAUGACAAACUAGUUUCGUAGAUUAGAAUUGUAUUUUUUUUUACAUUCUAUUUCUAAGAUAUCAAUCUUAUGCUGCAUCGUCAAACAUAUUUUUUAUAAUCCAUUGUAAUAGUUUGGCCCUGGGUCAAAUCUGUGAAUCCUUUUAAAACUUAUUCUCAUUAUUGGAAGUAUUUAUUUUCCCAUUAGACACAUUUUCAGGCCUUAUUCACUCGAUUGAUCCUUGUAGAAAUCUCAUCCAAUGUCACUUUCAUUAUUCAGCAAGUUUCAAUUUAUAUUAUAUUUAUAUCCACAUGUAUUUUCUACUGGAAAAAGAUCGGACCUCACUCAUGAUCUGAGAUUAUCCGAUUGACAUUUUUUAUUCUUUCCAUGAAAAAGUUUUUGUUUUGUGACCUACUCUCCUCAUAAAAAACGAAUAAUUAAUUGUUGGGUAAAUUACAGGGUAAAAUUCAUGUUUUGAUUCAUAUUUUGUGAUUAUUAGCCUAUAUUGAGCUACUGUAAUAAUUCUGGAUUACAUGUAUGCUCUUUUUAUAUUAGUUGUAUCAUCGAUCAGUAUUAUUAUUUAAGUUGUUUAUUAGAACUUUUUCAGUAGCUUAGCUCAGUAACAAUAGCUCAGUUCCCCAUCCGCAUCUCAAAAUAACAGUCACAAAUGAUAAAACUCUUUAGUUGGUUACCUCCCGGUUUAUUGAUUGACAUUUUCAUCUCAGUUCUCAAACAGAAAAAUAGUUCUAGGGAGCAGGAUGGAGGUUGAACUAGCAUUGUGAUGUUUAGCAAUCUGAUUUACUUAAUAUUAUCCCUUUCAUCCUAACGUCAAUCAUUACCGAUAUUAAGUUUCUAAUAAUAAAAAAUGGCGUCUAGGUACGAUACAAAUAGCUUCUUCUCGUGACGUUGAGAUAGUAAUAGAAAUUAUCACUCAAGUAGCCAAUUGUAAUUGAUAUUCGAAAACUACUCGAAUGGCUAAUCAAGCCAAGAGAUAAUCUUUUCCAAGUAUCAUUCUUGCAGUAAGUAUGUCUGACUUGUUUAGAAUGUUAUUUAUAUUUUAUUACAUUCCUAAAGAAAGUUAAUGUUGUCACAAUAUUGUCCAAUAUGUAUAGAUUUUAAGUUUUCCAAUGUUGUUUUAUUUUUAUGUUAUUAUUUUAUUAAAAUAACAUUUUUAUAAUG